AGUGGCCGGAUUUCGCUCUUGGGACUCGUUAUGAGAGCGCAACGCCGAGCCCAGUGAUAUUGACAUACAUGAAUCUCUAGUAGCGAUUAGCUUACGGCCUGUGUGCUGGAUACAUUGCUUCCUAGAAAGGGCGGGAGCUGUCGCGGGCCUGUUGUCACCGCACAGACCAGACUCAGGUUGCGCGCACCUAUUGAUACACAUCAUGGCAGUUGCGACAGCUCAGUCGCAAAUAGCUGCCAUGGAGAAGGCGUUUGCGGCGAAGAAUUACAAGUUGGAUGCGACUCUCAUAGCUCGCGCACAGCAAAUCGCGGCGCAGCUGCACAUCUCGGCAGAGGGCUUCGUGAACCAGUAUGACAGCUUCGCGCUCGUCAGUGACUGGAGCAUGGACGUCACGGCGCAGCGGCUCAAAACUCUCUCGGAGUGGCUGGAGACGGAGCAGCGCAAGGAGAACGCAAAGCCACGUGGGGCAGGCGUGGGCACUAGCGGGGCAAAGAUCCUGCCCCAAGCCGCCAAGCCUACAUGGGAAGACCUGCCAGACAAGAUUGAGUUCCCCACGCCCAGCGCCAAGCGCCAGGCGCUGGAUCCAGCGGCCAUGAACCCCGGAACCGGAUCCAAGUCGGGCAUCAAGCCCGUGGCCGGCGGUGCUCCCGGCAGCGCGCAGCAGGCGCCACGCGCCUCCGCGCUGACGCCGCCGCCCCCCGGCUCGCAGAGCGCCUGGGCCACUACGCCCAUUGCGGCGUCGGCCGUCAGGAGCGCCGCCGCCACGCCCGCUCCACCAAGUGCCUUCUCCAUGCGCACCAACCGCGGUCAGGUCAUGGCAUCGCUGAACGAGCACCUGCCUGGGCCCAACGCGGGGGCGGCGGCAGCGAGCGGCCGCGGCGGGGUGGCUGUGCGGCCUCUGGGCCAGCCGGCUCUGGACGGCGGGGAGUACCUGUUCAUGAUGGAGGUGCUGGAGAGCAAGAUCGCCGCCCUGGAUGAGCGGAUUAUGGAUUUUGCAGACGCCGUGACGGCAACCACGCGUGCCACCGCGCCCACCCAACCCGCGCCCGCCGGUACACCCGCUCCAGCCGGUACACCCGGCCCUGGCCCUGCUGCCACACCAGAGGCGGCCGCUGCCGGAGCGCCCUCCGGCACACCCCAGCCGCCGGCUAGCGCCACACCCGGCGGCGCGCUCACGCCCGGCGCUGGCGGCGCCGCUCCGGCGGUACAGGAGGUGGCCGGCGCGGCACAGCCGCUGCAGCACUCUGUCGCUGACAUCAGCCACCAGCCGGUGUGGGUGGCGGGCCGCGUGCUGGCGGAGGCGGAGGGCGCGCCGCUGAACGGCGAAAGCCUGCUGCUGGAGGGCUGCCGCGAGGCCAGCGGCGGCGCGCGCGUGCGCCUGGACGUGUCCUGCCUGCCCGGAUACAGGCUGUUCCCCGGCCAGUCGGUGUGCGCCUACGGGCUCAACCCCACCGGCUCGCGCUUCAUCGCGCAGCGCCUGGUGACGCACGUGCCGCCGCCGCCCGCCGCCUCGGCGCUGCCCGAGGCCGCCCGGUCCGGCGGGCUGAGCCUGGUGGUGGCGGCGGGGCCGUUCUGCCUGAGCGAUGACCUGUCGUACUCGCCCCUGGAGGAGCUGCUGGCCGCCUGCAGCGCCUCCCCGCCCGGCGUGCUGAUGCUACUGGGCCCCUUUGUGGACGCGGAGCACCCCGGCCUGGCCUCGGGCUCCGCCGACCGCACCGCCGAGGCCGUGUUCCGGGAGGAGGUGCUGCGGCGCCUGGCGGCCUGGCGCACCGCGGCAGGCGCCUCCACCACACUGGCGCUGAUGCCGGCGGUGCGCGACGUGACCGCCGUCCCGGUGGUGCCGCAGCCGCCCAUGACCGCGGCUGCGGCGGCCGUGGGGCCUGCCGACAAGGUUGUGGCGCUCCAGAACCCCGCCACCGCGACCAUGGGUCCGCUUGUGGUGGCGGCGGGCUCGGGCGAUGUGCUCAAGGCACUCAGCGCGGCGGAGCUGGCGCGCGUGCCGCCCGCGGCCGCCGGCGCGCCGCCCGUGGAGCGCCUGCCCGCGCUGGCCGGACACGUGCUGGGGCAGCGCAGCUUCUACCCGCUGUACCCCGCCCCGCUGGGCACGUGCCUGGACACCUCACACUACAGCCAGCUGUCACUGGCUGCGGCGCCCGACCUGCUGCUACUGCCAUCCGACCUGGCGCCCUUUGCAAAGGUGCUGCGGCCCGAGUCCUGGGCCGCCUCCGCGCCGCCGGGCCUGGUGGCGGCGGGCGGCUGCGCCGCGGCGGCGGCGGCGCCGGUUGUGGUUGUGAACCCGGGGCGUCUGUCGCGCGGUGGCGCGGGCGGUUCAUUUGCUCACGUGCUGGUGGCGCCCGGGAGCGGGCCGCUACAUGAACGGGUGCGGGUGGAGGUGAAGCGCGUGUAGGCGAGUCGGUAGAGGGGGCUGCGGGAGCCGGGCAUGUGCACACCGGCACCGGCUGGCUUGAGGCGCGUUCAAUGACAGUGUUUCACUCUGUGUGGUCGAUAGUGUGCAGUACGUCUGUGCAGGAGGUGUUCGAGUCGGGGCCGUGUCGUAUGGAUGUGUGUGACGAUUGAGCGUGUGGGUGUAAUGGUGUGAGGCGCCCCGAGUUCGGGUGUCUACCACCUGUUUAUACAGGGGUUAAUGGUUCCUUAGUCCUGGGCCAGGCCAGACGCACCGAGAAUACGGAAAGAGAUCAAGGAAGGGCCAUCGGCUGCUGGUAAGAUUGCAACCCUCGCUUCUUAAGAGGCU